GCAUCGCAGCCCCCAAUCCACCCCGGACCUCCCUGCAUGUAGGUAAGUACUAUUGUUAUCGGAAUUUACAGAGGAGGAAGCCAAGGCUCAGAGAUGUUAAGCAACGUGCCCAAGGUAAGCCAGGCCAGUCAGUUUCAAAGUCGAGACUGAGACCUCCACCUAACUCCAAAGAAACCUGAGUCAUUCUGUCACUCGGAAAGCACUACUCCCAGCUGCAGAGUUCAAACCCCACCCAAGCCGGCCCUGCAUCAGGACAGUUUGCUCCAGCCAGUCAGUCUGUUCUGACCAAGGAUGCAGAGGGUGCUGCCUGAUUCUUCUGAGGGACCGAGGGGGAGGGGGAGGGUGGAAAUUUUAGGUGCCGGGCGUGAAUCUGGGGACCAGAGGGCGAGUCACGUGCGCGUGAAACUUGACCUGGGGGAGGGGAAGGGGAGGCAGCCCCCGCCCCUACUUCUGGGGGCAGCCCGGGACGGGUGUAAAUACAACUAUUAGCUACGUAAAUGCGCUCCGUCCACGCGUCGCUUCGCGGAUCGGUGGCGGCCAGAGGGUUCCCAUCUCUCCGACUUCUUCCGAGGGGACAGAGGAGGCGAGAGCACCCGGCUGUCUGAACCUCCGAGGCCUCCCGGCCCGGCGCGCAGGUAAGUCCCGGCGCCCGAGCCUGUCGGAACUGGGGCCGCGACCCCGGACGCCGAGAGUGGUCGCGCCGCCUGGGCACUGAGCUCCCCGAGGCGUCCGCGGCGGCAGGAGGCGAGUCUGCCCACCACCAGAGGCUCUCGGCCAGCAUGGCCCCCACGCUGCAGCAGGCGUACCGGAGGCGCUGGUGGAUGGCCUGCACGGCUGUGCUGGAGAACCUCUUCUUCUCGGCUGUGCUCCUGGGCUGGGGCUCUCUGCUGAUCAUGCUCAAGAAGGAGGGCUUCUAUUCCAGCAUAUGCCCAGCUGAGAACAUCACCAAUACCACCCAGGAUGAGCAGCCCUGGUGGCCGAGCUGUGACCGCCAGGAAGAGAUGCUCAACUUGGGCUUCACCAUCGGCUCCUUCGUGCUCAGUGCCACCACCCUGCCGCUGGGGAUCCUCAUGGACCGCUUUGGCCCUCGGCCCACGCGGCUGGUUGGCAGUGCCAGCUUCGCUGCAUCCUGCACCCUCAUGGCCCUGGCCUCUCGGGACACCAAAGUUCUGUCUCCAUUGAUAUUCCUGGCACUGUCCCUGAAUGGCUUUGGUGGCAUCUGCCUAACGUUCUCUUCACUCACGCUGCCAAACAUGUUUGGGAACCUGCGCUCCACUUUCAUGGCCCUUAUGAUCGGCUCCUAUGCCUCUUCUGCCAUCACAUUCCCGGGAAUCAAGCUCCUCUACGACGCGGGUGUGGCCUUCGUGGUGAUCAUGUUCACCUGGUCAGGCCUGGCCUGCCUCAUCUUUCUGAACUGUGCCCUCAACUGGCCCAGUGAAGCCUUUCCUGCUCCCGAGGAAGUCGACUAUACCAGGAAGAAGAUCAAGCUCAGAGGGCUGGCGGUAGAUCACAAGGUGACAGGUGACCGCUUCUACACCCACGUGACCGCUGUGGGCCAGCGACUGAGCCAGAAGGCCCCCAGCCUGGAGGAGGGGAACGAGGUCUUCAUGCCACCCAAGGAUGUUCCUGGCGCCUCAGAAGCCCCUGCUGACAAGUCCGUCCCCUUCCGCAAGAGCCUCUGCUCGCCCAUUUUCCUGUGGAGCCUCCUCACCAUGGGCAUGACCCAGCUGCGGGUCAUCUUCUACAUGGCCGCCAUGAACAAGAUGCUGGCGUUCCUUGUGACCGGCGGCCGGGAGCACGAGGUGGACAGCCUGAUGCAGAGGGCAGCAGAGACAGUUGGGUUCUACUCCUCUGUCUUUGGGGCCAUGCAGCUGUUGUGCCUGCUCACCUGCCCCCUCAUCGGCUACAUCAUGGACUGGCAGAUCAAGGACUGUGUGGAUGCACCCAGUGAGGGCACGGCCCCUGGAGAUGCCAGGGACGGGGUUGCCACCAAGUCUACCAGACCACGCUACUGCAAGAUUCAGAAGCUCACCAAUGCCAUCAACGCCUUCACCCUGACCAACCUUUUGCUGGUGGGUUUUGGCAUCACCUGUCUCAUCAACAACUUGCACCUCCAGUUUGUGACCUUCGUCCUGCACACCAUGGUUCGUGGUUUCUACCACUCUGCCUGUGGGGGCCUGUAUGCUGCAGUGUUCCCAUCCAACCACUUCGGGACGCUGACGGGCCUGCAGUCGCUCAUCAGUGCUGUGUUCGCCCUGCUCCAGCAGCCGCUCUUCAUGGCCAUGGUGGGACCCUUGAAAGGAGAGCCCUUCUGGGUGAAUCUGGGCCUCCUGCUGUUCUCGCUCCUGGGAUUCCUGCUGCCUUCCUACCUCCUCUACUACCGUGCCCAGCUCCGGAAGGAGUACUCUGUCCCCUGGGAGGGCCCGCUGAAGGUGCCCAGCAGCCCUGAGGUGACUGCGUAGACCUCAAGGCCAAGUGAGCUGGAUAACUGGCAGCCAAGGCCUGAGCCCCCAAAGGGAAUGCCUCGUUUUUCUUUUCUACCUGUAACAUAUGCACAGAACCAGGGGCCAUGGAUUUAUAAAUACCAGAGAAGUUCUAUUUUUGUAGGGACUUUCUAAAACGAAAAAAAAUCCCUUAAAAAACAAUUCCCCCCACCCAAGCAAUGCUCCAUUGACCGAAGAUAGCCACUGUGCUAGAAGGACUGGGUCUUCUUCUCUCUCCCAUUGGAGGAGACCAGGGUGUGGGCUGUCCUUUCUCUGGGCCUUCCUCCUAGGGGGCGUGUCUCCUGGUGCCUUCCGAGGGCAUGAAGGAUCAGCAAACAGGCUAUCCCUAAGGUCCCAGCUGUGCAGUGCCCAGGAUGUGCAUGCAUGCAUAUGUGUGUGCGUGUAUGUGUGCGUGUAUGUGUAUGUAUGUGUGUAUAACAACCUUCCCCUCUGAGGAAAGUGGCCUGAGGUACUGGCUGUGUCCUAGAUGGGAUGUGGGGGGUAAGCCCCUUCCAGGGGCUGGAGGGCGGGUUCCCUCCCUGGUGCUGUUUCUUGCAGGUCUCAGAGGAAAUAAAAAGGGAAGUGAGAGACU